UGAAUAUUAAAAUCUGGUUCGGAGCCCGACGAUGGCGGGGUGAAUCUGUUGUUGUGGGAUCCAAUUUUAGCUCAUGAAUUUGGCGGCGCCAAUUUUGCCUUUGAACAGAGUGGAUAUGGUUGUGUCCUUUGAUCCAUUCCGUGGAUUUCACUCGCAAUGUGGAUUCCUCUUAAUGUCACCGCGAUGAAAAUGGGCCUACCGAGACGUUGAAUGGCGUCGAUUGAGGAUAGUGGGCCGUGUUGAGGAAUUGAAGUGGUUGCGUGCACUAAUUUGGUGUUUCCACGUUCAAUUGGGCUGGAUAAGGUUGUGGUGGAUACGAUGGAGGCGAGUGUUGUUGAAGGUUGAAUGAAGGAUUAGGAGCGCUAGCAAUUCCCGGUGUGAAAUGGAGAGUGUUUACUCUCUGCGGCUAUGCAAUGCCAGGGGCCUUGCUUGGCCAAUGAACGAGGCUGGUCAGGGUUUAAGAUUUUCUCGAAAUUGCUUUAGAAUUAGUGGGGCGCGCCAUGUGAAGGGGGUCUGCAGGAAGAGUGUGAUUGCGGUGCAGGUUAGGCAAGGGAUUUCCUCUAGUGAUGGCAAGAAUUGCAGUAGCAGAACAGAUUUUGUUAGACUUCAAAAAUGUGCAGCUUUGCGAACUGCUAGGGAUAUCCAGACAGUUGCUGUCGAGGCGGAGCAGGAACCAGCAAGUUCAGAUGUUGUGCUCUUGGACGUUGAGGGGAUGAUGUGUGGGGGAUGUGUUGCGCGAGUGCGGAAUUUGCUCACAUCGAGAGAAUUUGUAGAAACUGCCGCUGUGAACAUGCUCACAGAGACUGCUGCCAUUCGAUGUCGCGUAGGUACUGGAAGACGUGUUGAGAGCUUGGCUUCGGAGCUUGCGACUCAUUUGACUACAUGUGGUUUCCCAUCCAAGAUACGGGACGCCAGCGUUGAAGAGGGGAGUAUCGGAGAGAAGAGAGAUGGAAUUGCAAGGAAAAGGCAAGAGUCUUUGACCAAAAGCACCGCACAGGUGGCCUUUGCUUGGUCUCUGGUAGCAUUGUGUUGCGGCUCCCAUGCCAUUCACUUGCUGCAUUCUUUAGGUAUUCAUCUCCAUGGCCCCUACUUGAGUCUUCUUCACAAUCCCCUUUGGAAGUGCGCAAUUGCGUCUAUCACUCUUCUGGGACCGGCACGCGAUCUCGUGCUAGAUGGUUUGAAAGCCAUGGUGAGGCGGUCUCCGAACAUGAACACCCUAGUCGGUAUUGGAGCCUCCGCAGCAUUUGCCAUAAGUUCUAUAUCUCUCGCAAAUCCAAGUCUCAAUUGGGACGCGUCUUUUUUCGACGAGCCGGUUAUGUUGCUUGCAUUUGUGCUUUUGGGGAGAUCCUUGGAAGCUAGGGCACGCGCCAAGGCCUCGAGUGACAUGCAAGAGCUUCUGUCAUUGGUUCCAUCGAAGUCCAGGUUAAUAUUGUCGGAAGAUUCCGUGGGAGGUGGGGACGAGGAUGAUGAAUUGAGCGACGAGUUGCAGCUGCAGGUGGAGACCGAAAAAAUUCGUCCCGGCGACUGUGUUUUGGUCUUACCAGGAGAGUCCAUCCCUGUCGAUGGAAGAGUUGUUAGUGGAAAGAGCGCUGUCGAGGAGGCCAUGCUUACAGGGGAGCCUCUACCCGUUCCCAAAUCAAAGGGAGACAGUGUGUCCGCCGGAACUAUCAACUGGGAGGGGCCGAUCAAGGUGCAAGCCAUAACUACAGGGGCUAAAUCGGCUGUUGCCUCCAUCAUAAAAUUAGUGGAGGAAGCUCAAGCGCGAGAAGCUCCUGUGCAACGAUUCGCUGAUGCCAUUGCUGGCCCGUUUGCUUUCACAAUCAUGGCUCUGUCCGGUUCUACAUUUGCAUUCUGGUAUUUUUUGGGGACAAAUCUGUAUCCGGAUGUGCUAUUGAAUGACGCAGCUGGACCAGAUGGUGAUGCCCUACUAUUGAGUCUUAAACUUGCCAUCGACGUUCUGGUAGUAGCAUGCCCUUGUGCUCUUGGUCUAGCAACUCCGACUGCGGUUCUCGUAGGUACUUCAUUGGGGGCCAAAAGAGGUCUCUUGCUGCGAGGAGGAGAUGUACUUGAACGUCUCGCAAGCGUGGAUUCAGUUGUUUUUGAUAAAACGGGAACUCUGACCGAAGGCUGUCCUAGUGUCGCAGGAGUUGCAACUGUGCAAGGGUUCAGUGAAGAGGAGAUUUUGGGCCUUGCUGCUGCGGUUGAAAAGCACACAGUCCAUCCCAUCGGCUCCGCAAUCGUAUCCCAGGCUGAAACAAAGGGCAUCAAAAUUUCGCCAACCGAAGGACAGCUGACUGAACCAGGAUAUGGUGCUUUAGCAGAGGUCGAUGGGCGCAUUGCAGCUGUUGGUUUGUUUGAAUGGGUGUGUGGUUGUUGCAAGGAAGAUCCUUUAACCGAACGCUCUUCUCAACUAAGAGAGUUCCUGCAUGAAAGAUGUAGUACAUCAUGCUUCGAUAAAUCACAGACAGUUGUUUUCGUCGGGUUGGAAGGGCACGGGGUGAUCGGAGCCAUCGCGGUCACCGACAAUUUACGACAUGAUGCAAAGGCCACUGUCGCAAAUUUGAAAGCGAAAGGGCUCCGCACGUUUGUUCUUUCGGGGGACAAGGAAGACGCAGCCGCUAAUGUGGCAUCACUGGUAGGUAUAGCGAAGGAAGAAGUAAAAGGUGGCUUGAAGCCCCAAGAUAAAUUGAACUUUGUAACUCAGUUACGAAACAAUGGUGCUGCUGUUGCCAUGGUCGGCGAUGGAGUUAACGAUGCACCAGCUUUAGCAUGUGCAAAUGUCGGUAUGGCACUCAAAACGCAAGCUCGCGUGGAUGCUGCAUCGGACGCAGCUUCGGUCAUUUUGCUUGGCAAUCGGUUAUCUCAGGUUAUCGAUACGAUUGAACUGUCCCGUGCCACGAUGAACAAAGUGUAUCAAAAUCUUGCGUGGGCACUUGCUUACAAUGCAGUGUCACUACCUCUUGCAGCUGGAUUUCUACUCCCCAGUCAAGAUUUUGCUCUUACACCGUCAAUUGCAGGGGGGAUGAUGGCGAUGAGCAGCAUAAUUGUAGUGACUAAUUCAUUACUGUUGCGGUUUCACUGUUUUCCGUCUCUUGCUGAGAUUAAAUUAAAAAAGUGAAAAGGGAACAGGUGUUGCUAACAGGUGUAUUAUGCGGUUAGUUGAUUGUGAAGAUUUCUACUAGUAAACAAGAUUUCUUGUUUUUAAGAGUUGUAAGAUAUUGUUUUGGCAAAUUAUAAGACAUGAGUAUACAUUGAGUAGAUUAAAACAGUGCAAUUGCACCGCAAUGCUGUAGCAAUUAUUGGAAAUUGUUGCAACCAUCUUACUGUUC